GAUGGGAGGGGGGAGAGAGAGUGGGCGUGAAGGGAGGUCCACUUCCAGCUUCCCUCAGCCAAUGAAGGCUUGUCACAGGGGACUCACGUGGACGAGGCGCUCUUAAAACCUAGCUCCUGACUUUUCCUCAAGUUCAAUUUUUUGGGAUUCCCUCUCACCCCCAUCACAUCCCGUCCUUUUACUUGCCAGUUGUGACUAUUUAACCCAGUUUACCUCUCCUUUUCUCGCCUGCUCGCGGCGCGCAUCGCUUCGUCCCACGUCUUCCGCUUUCUCUUCUUUCCGCUGCAGCUCUCGGACUCCCUCUCACUCUCUCACUCUCUCACUCUCUCUCUCUCCCUCUCUCUGUGCUCCGAGUUUUUGAGGUUUUGUUCAUCUUCUGUAAAGAAUGCGAACAGUUUUUGUCCGUUGUCUGAGUGCUUACAUGACGAGCUGCCUUCUACAUUCUCCUCCGCUCCUCUGUACCUGUCCAUGGUGCUGAAAGGCAACGGUGCGCUGCUACUCCUCCAAAAAACAUCCUCAAAUAGACAUUAUUUCUACAUCUUUUCUCGUCCUGCAGGUGAGAUACAUUUAUCUACAACAGGCUCAUCUUCCAACCAAGGCUUCUGAACUUAAAGCAGAAGGAGUUUGUCCCUAAGAAAUAAUCGAUUGUGACUCUUCAAAAAAAGAGUACAGCGGCUGCAUCGCUUUCACGAGGACUCAUCUUUUAUCCGACAGAAAGAAGAACAAUCGGAUGGACGGUUGUUGUAACGCAACUUAGACUGGAGAUAUUCUCUGUUUGAGGAAGAGGAAAUAGCGGAUGAAUUAUCUUUAAUUUUGACGUAUCCAAAAACAUUUAGGCUACUUGGUGCGGGGGGAAGUGGGUACUCCUUCUCUUCUGCUGGAUCAACAGAGACUUCAACACCCUUCUCACCACCAAAGUAAAACUUGUCCUGAAUACCAAAUGGUUGUUUGAGGAGGCCCCGAUCAAGACAAUGGAGACGUCCGCCAACGGGUCCAGUUUCGGCAUUGACUCGCUGCUGUCCCACAGGCCGGGAAGCCCGGUGUCCAAAGGGGACAGUCUGGUGGGUGAGUGCCGCUCGCCUCUGGAGUUCAGCCCGAGAUCAGACGCGGAGUCCGGCUGCUCGUCGCCUCCGUCUCCGAGGAGGGAAUGUGUGGAUGAGAUGGCCCAGAGGCAAGGUCACGGUGUGGGCCUGCCGCCGCACCUGCAACACGCACAGAUCUCGGCGGGGUCGCAGCAGAGGACCGUGACCUCGUCGUUUCUCAUCAGAGACAUUCUCGCGGACUGUAAGCCUCUAGCCGCCUGCGCGCCCUACUCCAGCAAUGGGCAGCCGACUCAGGAGGCAGGGAGGCUGGUGUCCAAGAUAGCGGACGACUUUAUGGAGAAAAUCCACAGCAACUCGUCGUCAGACAGCGAAUAUAAAGUGAAAGAGGAGGGGGACAGGGAGAUCUCCAGCAGCAGAGACAGCUCUCAGGUCCGGCUGAAAAAGCCCAGGAAGGCCCGGACGGCCUUCACAGACCACCAGCUGGCCCAGCUGGAGCGCAGCUUCGAGCGCCAGAAGUACCUGAGCGUCCAGGACCGCAUGGAGCUGGCGGCCUCACUCAACCUCACCGACACACAGGUCAAGACCUGGUACCAGAACCGGAGGACAAAGUGGAAGAGGCAGACGGCGGUGGGACUCGAGCUGCUGGCGGAAGCAGGAAACUACUCCGCCCUGCAGAGGAUGUUCCCGUCCCCGUACUUCUACCCUCAGAGUCUUGUGUCCAAUCUGGACCCCGGAGCGGCCCUCUACCUGUACAGGGGCCCCUCGGCGCCCCCGCCAGGCCUGCAAAGACCCCUUGUCCCGCGGAUCCUGCUGCAUGGACUGCAAGGGGGCAGCGAGCCGCCCCCUCCGCCUCCUCUGCCCCCAAUGUCCGGCGUGCUUUCUCGGCCAGGUCAGCAGCGGUGAGCCGACCCCCUGCUGAUUUCUUGUUUUUUUUUGUUUUUUUUUUACAUACGCCCACCCUGGCAGCUUUUGGACUUUUUAGAUGAAAUGAAACAAAGACACAAACGAAAAAAAAAAAAAACAACAACCCGUGAUGAACACGCGUAAAAGAAAAAGGAAAACUGUUGAUGGCCUUUUUAUGGAACGAAAUGACCAACAGACUGAACUCUGUGGACGGAGCUCUGUGACUCUGUGUCAUUGUGUGGAAAAGAUAUUCUUUUGUUAUUUUUUGACGGGGUUUUGAGCUUUAUUUAUUAUUUAUUUAUUUUUCAAUUUUAAUCAAAGAAACUAAGUUAUGUAUUUAUUUCAUCCAAGUUUCAGUAUGUUCUGUUUUUCCUCGAACAGACAAUUGGUGACACUUUGACCUCUAGUUCAAUGAGAUCCCCAUUAUUAUUAUUAUUAUCAUCAUUAUUAUUAUUAUUAUUAUUAUUAUUUUAUACUCGGGAGGAAAAGCUUACAUGUAAUUUGAAUGAUACGUAGUUGUAGUAACAUUUAGAAAAUACUUCCCAUGAUUUCUAUUUCUAUACACGUUCACAACAAGUUGAUCAGCGGUCAUAAACAUGUAAAUAAGAAUAUUUUGCAUUUUAUUCGAAAGAGACUGAUUUUAAGGAACUUUUUUUUAUUAUGAUUUGAUCUGUAUGUGCGUCUUUUUCAGACGACGGUGAUCCACUUUAACAUAUUAGGCUAGAUUAGCCAUCAGAAACUAUACAGGCGAAAAGACUCGGAUUGAAAUGAUGAGAAAAAGAAACAUAUCUGUGUGAUAUAUAGAGGAUGGACUUCCUGCCUGAACCCGGGAUAAAGGCACGCGAGCUAAGGGAUACAAAUCUAUAUAAAGUCUUUUUCUUGUUCUUAGUUGAAGUUUAGCGGAGUAAAAUGUCAAGUCAUUUAUAAAGAAGCAGUUUUAUCCCUGUAGACGGGAAAACAAACACCUCAGUGAAGUUUUAUUUCUGAUUUCUUUUUGGUCAAAUAAACCGGUUGGACUCGGGUCUACAUGUAUUUGAAACAGACGUUGUGCAUUACUUAUGUUAUUUCAUAUGAAGCCGUGGUAACCCUUAAUUGUUCUACUCUCCUUUGGUGAAAAUGUAUAUUGCAGAUAUCAAACUUGUGGAGUGGUUCUCGUAUAUUUCCUGGAUCGUUUUUUUAUUUUUUAUUUUUGUCCCCUCUUCCUCUAGCUUACCCAAACUUCCCCUUCCUCCAUAUGGUGAAUUUUUUGAAUGAAAUUCACAACAAAUGUUUGACAGGAAAAAGGGGGCUAUUUGAUGUAAAGAGAAUUACUUUUAUAAAUGUGAAAAAUAAAAGUCUUUCAUUUAAUCA